AAUCUAGACUUGUGCGCAAUCGUGUGUGAACUGCUUGCACUAUCUAAAAGAUACCCGAUCUUAUAUAAAUACCAACCAUUUGGCAGCUCUUGGUAUCAACAUCCAUUUCCUUGGAUUCUUCUAUCUAAUUAAAUGGCGAGUGCUGAGGUUCCAAAGCAAUCAGCAAAAUGGUUGUCAUCGUCCUCUUCAAGGUUCAAAACCAAGAAUCUUAAACUAUCAAGCAUCCCUAGCCGUCUUAAAAGAUCGUUUUCAUCUUCUUCUUCUUCUUCUUUGGGUACACCGAGAAAUACUACAACUCCACCGUUGUCACCCCUUCGAGAUAAUAUUUUGUCUGCGAAAGAAAGAAAUGGUAGAAUUAACAGUAACAAAGAAGACAGGUUUAAAGAAGUUUUUCGUUAUUUUGAUGGAGAUGGUGAUGGGAAGAUAUCGAGUUUAGAACUACGUUCUUACUUUGAGUCGAUAGGAGAGUAUCUGUCACACGAUGAAGUUCAGAGUGUGAUAAAUGAUCUCGAUAGUGAUGGAGACGGUUUAUUAGGCUUCCAAGAUUUUAUGGUUUUGAUGAUGAAACAACCAUCAUCACCACCAUCGUCAAAUGGUGCUAGUGGUAGUAGUACUUCAGUAGUAGUAGAUGAUAACGUUGAAGAUCUGAAAAUGGCGUUUGAGAUGUAUGAAGCUGAGAAAGGGUGUGGAUGCAUAACACCAAAGAGCUUGCAACGCAUGUUAAACCGGCUUGGCGAGGACAAAUCUUACCAACAGUGUGUUUCCAUGAUACAAUGUUUUGAUCUUGACAAAAAUGGAACACUUGAUUUCCAUGAAUUUCAUCAGAUGAUGGUUUAAUUAUCCGAAAAGGCUUUUAAUUAUCUCUAUGUAUUUAGUGCAAGUUCUAUAUUUAUAGAUAUGGUGCAUCAUUUUCAAAAGAUAAGCUUAAUCUAUUGAAAUAAUGCAAGAUCGGUUGGAUUCCAGUAACAACUCUGGAAAAACCACUUACCAGUUACCAAAAAA